AUGAAGAUGUAUUAUCUUAAAAUGUUAUUGUUUAACUAUUUAAUAAAUACAUUAGUAUUACCACAUUAUGAAAAUUAUCUAUAUAACCCUUAUAAUGUGAGCCUCAAUCCAAAUAACACACAAAGAACAACGAUAAAAUCAAGACUUUUAGCACAAACCCAAAUCCAUAAUCCGCAUUAUCAUAAUGACCCAGAACUCAAAGAAAUAAUUGAUAAAAUGAACGAGGAAGCAAUCAAAAAAUACCAAAAAACUCAUGAUCCAUAUGAACAAUUGAAAGAUGUAGUAGAAAAAAAUGGAACAAAAUAUACAGGUGGUAAUGAUGCAAAACCUAUGUCAACGCUAGAAAAAGAAUUAUUAGAAACAUAUGAAGAAAUGUUUGGUAACGAAAGUGAUAUGUUGAAGUCGGGCAUGAGUCCAAAUGUUGAUGAAAAAUCUUCAACAUGUGAAUGUACUGAUCUUAAUGGUGUGAAAUUAGCAAAAACAAAAGGAAGAGAUAAGUAUUUAAAACACCUAAAACACAGAUGUAUAGGUGGAAUAUGUUCUUGCACAGUAGGUAGUGCAAUCUUAACAAUGAUAGGUUUGGCAGCUACCAAAGCUACAAUCAUUAAAUUUCUUACUGUCCCACCUUUAUCUUAUAAUGCGUCCACAUCCCCUGUCACUAUAUACAAUAUGUUUGUAGGUAUUACAGCUUGGGGUCCUGAUGCAGUAGGAAGUAUUCCAACAUAUUCUAUAGUUGCAUUACAGCCCUGGGGUAUUGCGGCUUUAGUUUUACUUAUAUUAGCUGUUGCUCUUAUAAUAUUAUAUAUAUGGCUAUAUAAAAGAAGAAAAAAUUCAUGGAAGCAUGAAUGCAAGAAACAUUUAUGUAAGUAA